CGACUGGAUAGUAGACCUACAACAGACGAGAGCCAUUUGCAAGCGAUUUGAUUGUUGUGACACCAACCUCAUUCAUCAACAAACAGCCCUGCUUGGUAACCCUCGGCCAUGCCCAUUUUGCGGGUUCGUACCGGUUGCAACUCAUGUCGACGACGAAAGAAGAAGUGUGACGAGACCAAGCCGGUGUGUCGAGGGUGCGCGCGCAAUGGUCUCCCGUGUGUGUGGCCUGCCAUCUUGGCAGCAUCCGCGAGAAAGCAAGCAGAAAGGCCUGCUGCUACUACACAUGCAGCCGCCAAUCGACGUGCCCAGACACCGACAGGCUCGUCGUCCGAGAAGAGUCGUACAGCUUGUGGCGGUGACGAGGGCGUAGAACCACCACGUCAGGUGCGCUCGAGGCGGACUGCGGCCAGCAGCCCCAGUGAUGGCCCAGCACCCUCCUCGAUAUCAUCUACGUCGCCUGCAGCCUCUUCUAUUUCCUCUCUCUCAUUGGUUCCUACCUCAAACUCCGGCGCCGGCGCCGUCUCUGCCGGCGGUCCAGCUGAUGCUGUGAUUGAUGGCGGAGGACCUACGCCCUCGGUUCCGCUAGGCGAAGACUUCCACUUCGACAUUGACAAUCUUGGAGGCUGGCACCUCGAUCAAGAGUUCAGCAACUCACUGCCAAACCCUACACGCUUUGCAGCUUCCCCUUCUGCGCCAGAUGUUGGAACGACACGGCCGCAGCAAUCGUUGCCAACUGCUCCACCGUCUCUAUUCAGGUCUCUCAGCCUCUUCCCCCCGAGGAUGUCAGGCGUAUCGUUUGAGCUUCUGGGGCAUUACAUCAGCGUGACCAGCCCUAGCAUGGAUAACGGUUCCAAAAAGACCGACAACCCCUUUUCCGUCAUACUCAUCCCGCUCGCUUUCAACAGCGACCUCAUCCUCGAGCUCAUCCUUACCCAGAGCGCCGUCCAUCGUGCAGCAAAGACCCUCAAUGACGGCGACCUGGUUGCCUCCAACUACUACCACCGAUCUCUCCAAGUUCUCCGUCAGGAUAUUAUCAGGGCUGGAGAUGGGGAAGGCCAAGAAGCCUUGACGCUGGCAGUUGGCGCAUUAAUCAUGUGCUUCAUUGAGACUGCCAAAGGAGAUAUGAACGGAACAGUGUUCGACCACCUCCUCGCGGCACGCUCUCUCUUGUCUUCACUCUUGUCAAAAAGCGCCGGAGUUCACGUGUCUUUGCUUGACUUCCUUGUCGAGUACUACGUCUAUACGGCCACUCUCAGUCUGGUGUCCCUGGACGCUCGCGUAGGCCCUCAGUCUCUCAUCAGCGCCGAGCUGGAAACAUUCGCACAUGGUCUUGUCGCAAAAUCCUACGUAGGAAGUCUCUGCGGGUGCUGGCUCAGACUCCUCCUCCAGAUCCCGACCAUCUUCCGUCUCGCACACGGCAUCCUCGCCGACGACGGUAAUAGCCCUCGCGCGCUCACGGCCGACGACACGAUGCUGUUUGCCCGUGUUUACUCCGCCAUCGAAGCGUGGCAGCCGGACUCUUCAGUCAGUCAAGACGUCGCCACGGCCGGCCGGAUCUUCCAGAGCGCCCUUCUCAUCUAUCUGUACACGAUACUGGACACUUCCUUGCCGUCGGCCAACGGGUGCUACGCCACCAGCCGGGAACUUGCCGUCAACGACGCCUUCAUUCACUUCGAUCAACUGUCCCCUGAUGCCCGCAUCAACACCAGCUUAUGCUGGCCGAUUGUCAUCAUUGGUACGUGCGUCGCGGACGAGGAGCGGCGCGCCGUGCUCCGGACCCGUCUGCGCACAAUGUUCGCCACCAUUGGUCUCGGCAACAUCCACAAGACGUCGCUGCUUCUUGAACGCAUCUGGGGAAUGGGGGGGAUCAACCCAUGGAGCAUCUGCCACGUCAUGCAAGAGAAUCAGAUAUGGAUAUCUCUUGCCUAGGCUCGCCGCUCUCGCAAGUCGUCGCAGCUCGA